AUGCAGGUUCUUCAAAUUGAUAUCUAUGUGUUCGCAAUAGAAUUCUCUACAGAACUAAAUGCAUAUGAAGCUCAAAAGCCCGGCGAGAAACUGCGGCAGGUGUCGUGGUGCGUGACGGUGGUGGUGGUGAGCGACGACCUCACCUUCCUCGCCACCUUCGCCCAGUGGUCCCUCAAGGGCCGCCUCCUGGUGUGGUCGACGAGGCUCCUGGUCGUCACCCGCCUUCCCCUUCACCACCUGCACCACCUCCACACGCUCCUCUCCAACACCAACUCCAUGUUGAUCAUAUAUGAAGAAUCACUAGACAGCAUCAGGUGCGGGGUGUACCUGCAGGUGCCGUACAGUCCCCUGGGCGCCCAGGCGCUGAAGGUGGCCUCCUGGACGCCCCAGCGAGGCCUCGCUCUCACCUCCAGCCUCCCGCUCUUCCCAGACAAGUUCUCAAGAUUCCUUCAGCAGCCAACGCUGAAGUUGGCGGCAGAGAUAAACUCACUGAUGACUAUGGUGAGUCAGGAGGGUCCACGGCCCCACCAGGGAGUGCUUUUUGUAGGACCUGCGGCGAACCUGGUAUCCUACCUGGCCAAGGCUCUCAACUUCUCAUACGUGUACUUGAGGCCUCCUGAUGGGUCGUGGGGCAUCAAACUUGACGAUGGGAGGUGGUCAGGCAUGGUGGGCAUGGUCAUUAAGCAGGAAGUAGAUAUAGCUGUCGGCCCCUUUGGUGUAAGUGAAAUACGAGCCGCAGUGGUGGACUUCACAGUGCCAAUACUAACUGACUACAUAAGAUUCUUGGGAGCUCGAGGCCGGCCGGAGGUGGACCCGUGGGGCUUCCUGUUCCCUCUGGAUCCGCUGGUGUGGGCGGCCAUCCUGGGAGCGCUGCUGGUGCUGCCCCUGACGACCCUCCUGAUGGCCUCAUGCUUCACAUUCAACACCCACGGACACAACUACAGCUUACCGGCUACUUCUGCCUACCUCCGCAUAUUGCUGAAUCAGAACGUAUCUGACUCUCCUGCGUACUGGAGUUGGGAGCGAGUGGUGUUGGCAGUGUGGGGGCUGGUGACGGUGGUGUUGACGCAGAGCUACGCCGGCAACCUCAUGGCUCUCCUGGCUGUCAGACACAUCCCUCAACCCUACCAGACUCUGCGGGAUGUUCUCGAUGACAAAUCGAUCAUCACAGUUUGGGAGCAAGGCUCCUCUAAUGUGCAGUUUGUGCGUGUAUGUAACCUUGCCUACAAACGAUGUUCCUUUUACGAGUCUAAGGAGGAGUUUCUGCCCAUAAUGCUCUCCUUGGUGAGCGAGAAGGGAAGUCCAAUUGUGCCAGCACUCAGUAAGAGGAUCCGCGCGGUGACGGAGGCGGGACUGUUCAGGUACUGGAUGAAGGCGGCGGAGCCCAACUCCACUGUGUGUUACCAGGCUCCCACCACCAUCACCGUCCAGGAGUCUCUCUCUCUUAACAACAUCUGGGGUAUGUUUGUCAUCUUGGCUGCUGGUCUCACUCUAAGUGUGCUGGUACUCUGCCUGGAGCGUGUGAGCUGGCUGCUGGUCUCACUCUAAGUGUGCUGGUACUCUGCCUGGAGCGUGUGAGCUGGCUGCUGGUCUCACUCUAAGUGUGCUGGUACUCUGCCUGGAGCGUGUGAGCUGGCUGCUGGUCUCACUCUAAGUGUGCUGGUACUCUGCCUGGAGCGUGUGACGUGGCUGCUGGUCUCACUCUAAGUGUGCAGGUACUCUGCCUGGAGCGUGUGAGCUGGCUGCUGGUCUCACUCUAAGUGUGCUAGUACUCUGCCU